AGAAGCUCAUUAUCGUCACCAGCUUCAGCGAAAGAGUUAUUUUCUUUCUCCGCACAAUACCUUGGUCCAAAUUAAGGAUUUACAUGAGUCCGAAGUCUCAUACACAUUAAGCAGGCAGGACGCUGAGAGUAUGACGCUGACAAGAGGAUCCUUCACUUACUCCAGCGGAGAGGAGUACCACGGCGAUUGGAAGGAAGGUCGGAGGCAUGGUUUGGGUCAGCUGAAGUUCUCUGAUGGUACGUGUUACACAGGACAGUUUGAGAACGGCCUGUUCAACGGCUGUGGGGUCUUGGCUUUUCCUGAUGGUUCCAGGUAUGAAGGCGAUUUUGUACAGGGAAAGUUCCAGGGUGUUGGGGUCUUCAUUCGAUUCGAUGGAAUGAAGUUCGAAGGAGAGUUCAAAGGCGGACGGGUGGAAGGAUAUGGGCUGCUCACAUUCCCAGAUGGGGCUCAUGGAGUGCCACGCAGCGAGGGGCUCUUUGAGAACAACAAACUGCUGAAGCGGGAGAAGUGCCAGGCGGUGGUGCAGCGAGCGCGGAGUUCAGCGUCCGCGGCCCACAGCCUGUCUCUGUGAGCGGCUGAGACCUUCGCUCACGGUCGGAUGACAGGGUAGCAGACUCCCCCGCUCUGCACCGCACGGCCAUGCCGCCUCUGUUCUCUAACACCCUUAAGCGCUGUCCUCUGCAUAUUCUGACAGGGCUGAGCUGCUCUGCAACCUACCUGUUUUUGCCCUGGAUUUCUUGAGUCAUUUUAGCUCUGGUUGUCACCUGAAGUGCACAGAAGAAAGCAGCUUUGUACAACUGUCUGGAAGGAGUCCCUGCAAGCAGUGCUGUCACCCAUCUCUGAUCGCGGCCGUCUGUAAAUGCAGAAAAGCAACAUGCUGCAGAUCUGCUGAGACCGAACAGGUCUGUGUCAUGUGCAGUAUCGCUUAUCUGGAUUAAUCUGCUCUAAGUUGCUUGCAAUCUAGUAUUGCUGAACGUGAAAAUCAGAAUAGGAUGACAGACAGCACACAAGGUGAGGAUGGCUGCGGUUGACAUGGGAACACAAACCAUCCAGUAUAAAUAAAGCAUUAGCUAGCAUAUUUUAGGAACAUCUGGAUAUCAGUAUCUUAUAAAUGAAUAUUCUUUAGCUGCUUAAUGUAAUGUAUCAUUUAAGAGGGAGGAAUUUCAACAUUUAUUCAAAGACAUGUGUGCGUAAAUGUUACGUUGUCAGCAGUGGAGUUGUGUGCUUUUUUCACAUUUCACUUUGCCUUAAUCAAAUUGGCCAUUUCUUUACACUGAAGCACUGAAUGGUGGUGGGUCAAUAGACAGUGGACUGUAGCCAACUGGUUUAAGGCAGUGUUUCCCAAUCCGGUCCUUGGGACCCACAGACAGCCUGCAUUUUUACUCCCUCCCAUCUCCCUACCCGAAGCAAAAAUGUGGACUGUCUGGCAGAGAGCUCAGAGGGAGCAAAAACAUGGACCGACUGUGGCUCCCCCAAGGACCAGAUUGGGAAACACCGGUCUAAGGGAAUCUGGAGACCUGUGGUCUCAGAAGCACUUGUACUGCGAAAGAAAUGCAUGGAGAUGCAAAGAAAACAUUGAUGUGAUCCUGGCCAACAAGUGGCUGUGUCCUUACAUAACUAUACACUGUAGCUACUGAUGAACAGCAAACAUUAUGGCAUCCACACUGGGGAUGGCACCAUGCAUGUCACAUGCUCACAGAACUUCACUGCAGUUUUCAAGGUCUUUGUAUCUGCUUCUGUCAGAUCUAUGAACUUGCCUUAUCCAUCUAAGUGUCUCUGCCUGGUUUCUGUAAUAGAAACUCCAUCUUGUGACAUGCGUUGGGUAACGGACACAAAGGUCACAAUGAAAUAUGCAAUUGUUAGACGCACUCUGACAUUCAGACGUUCGUAAUGUUUCUCACAGUAUUAACUCACAUCUGUUUCUGAGCAGACAGACCUCGUAUUAAGUAGUUACGGUUAGAAAUGAGGAAAGUUAUUAAAGGCAUACAAAAUGUAACUAGUUACACCCUGAGGUGGAUCAGAAAUGACCCCAGUUGUCAAAUGAGAAUCUACAUAUAUCAGUGUUAAUGGUGCUGAGUGCAGCAGUACUGGGAAGCACACUGGCCACCGCGAUGAAGACUUCCAAGUCCUGUGCUAGAUCUCUGCUUCUAAAAGUCACUUUAAGUGUUCUUUCUUUCACUGGGACAUUUUAAGAAUUACUGUGACUCUGUAUGGUGUCUCACAGUCCUUCUUUACUGGUUUGCUUUUUGAUUUUAGCUCAAUUUGUACUCUAUCAUCUAAAUGUCCACUAAAAGCUUUAACAAUGCAAGAACCAUACAUAAGUGCUACUAUUACCUAGUUAUUACAAAAUGAUGACUGAUGUGAGGCUUUUUCAUAUCUGUGAAACUUCAAAGGCUUGACAAUGACAUUUUAGCAUCUCUGUAUGGAAAAUUGUAACGUACAUGGUUCAGCUUAUUGUUGAAAAACUGAAAGCCUUCCACCAAUGAAAAUAAAAUACACUUUAUAAUUCUG